UACAGGCUCUACUCAAGGGUACUCAAGGGGGACAAAUAUUCAAGCAUUUUCACCAUUCGCUUCGCGCAGUAGCAUAUUUUCGUUGAUCAGCCGCGUUUCCAUCCGUUAGCCUUCAAGAUGGAGGUUGACCCGGCGAAUCAUUAUUCGUUACGGCUGCCAAAACCCAACUACCUACCUCACAAGGUCGAUGUCGACGGGCCAGUGGUAAAAAAGUUCAAUAAACCGUUAGAUCGGCCAAGCGACCUUGAAAAUGCAGCUUAUCUUAACAAGAUUAAGCGCUUCGCUCACGAAUAUGGCAUCACGAAACCAAAAGGCUACACAGUAUCAUUCCAUUAUAACCCUGAAAUGGAGAGGCAUCACUUCGGUCAAACACAUCCCAUGAAGCCCUGGCGACUAACUCUCACCAAAAGUUUGGUCUCAUCCUAUGGCAUGAAUUUCGCCAUGGAGAAUUAUACUGCUCGCGCGGCCACAUACGAGGAGCUUACGGCAUUUCAUACGGAUGAUUAUGUCGAGUUCCUUGCCUCAGUUGCCCCCCAACCACUACCCUUAGACGUUGAUAACUCAAGUCCAGAUCUCAAGUUUAAUUUGGGUGGUAGUGAUUGCCCACUUUUCGAGGGAUUGUAUGACUAUUGUUCCAUGUCAGCCGGUGGUUCACUAGAUGCCGCGAGAAAAUUAUGCACGGGACAGUCCGACAUUGCCAUCUCCUGGGGUGGAGGCUUGCACCACGCCAAAAAGUCGGAAGCGUCAGGCUUCUGCUAUAUCAACGAUAUUGUCCUUGGUAUAUUGCAGUUGUUACGCAUCCAUCCUCGCGUUCUUUAUAUCGACAUCGAUGUGCAUCACGGUGAUGGCGUGGAAGAGGCGUUCUUUUCUACCGACCGAGUCAUGACCGUAUCUUUCCACAAGUACGAUCCUCAAGUCUUCUUUCCCGGCACUGGUGCGUUAGAAGACAAUGGCCCGAGGAGUGAGCACAACCCAGGAGCGCACCACGCUAUUAACGUACCCUUGAAUGAUGGUAUCACGGACGAGCAGUACGAGUGGCUUUUCAAGAGUGUCAUCUCCAGGUGUAUAGAAAAGUUUAGACCUGGUGCGAUUGCUCUACAAUGCGGUGCGGAUUCCCUAGCUGGAGACAGAUUAGGUAAAUUCAAUCUGCUUGUCCAGGGCCACGCGUCGUGCGUCGAAUACUGCAAAAGCCUAAAUAUUCCUCUGCUCAUGUUUGGAGGCGGAGGUUAUACACCCCGAAACGUCGCUCGUGCUUGGGCAUAUGAAACGGCCGUUGCCAUCGGCCAUAACAAGACUAUCCCGACAGAAUUGCCCCUUCAUACUCCCUGGCGCGACCGAUUUCGACAAGAUACACUCCUUCCUACUCUAGAGCAGAUAUUGGGGGAGCCGCGUCAGAAUAGGAACCCGAGAAAGAAAUUAGACGAUAUUAUAGAGCAUGUUACCGAGCAGCUACGGUUUGUCGAAGCCGCACCCAGUGUGCAAUUUUCUACCAUUCCGCCCGAUCUCGGCCCAAUACGGGAUGAAGUUGAACAAAGAAUCAAGGAAGAAGUAGAAGAGAAGGAUGAACUUGAGCGGAAACUGAGGGAAGAAGGAAUGGGAGAUCGUAUGGAAUUAAGUACUUCGUGACAUCAAGCCUACAGCGUAAAUAUAUCAACAGAACUCAUAAAUAUUGGUCGUAGUUGCAUCAUACUAUUUUAUAGUCUUACAUCAUUUUGUCUCUACCUUUCAUACGCUAAUUUCUUGGAGAUUAUAUCU